AUGGCGCGGCGGCGGCGCGGGGCCCGCGCGGCCCCCGGCGCCCCGCCCGGCCGCCCCGGCCCCACCCGCCCCGCCGGCCCCGACUCCGCGCGCGCCCCGGCUGCUGCCCCGCGGCCCGCGGCCGCCCAUCCGCCCCGGCCCGGGGACGCAGGCAGGGAGGGCGCGCGAGGCCCGGCCGCGUCCGCGCGCCCCGCCGCCGCCGCCGCCGCCGCCGCCCCCUCGGGCCGCGCAGUUAAAGGGACCGCCGGCCCCGGGCCUAAGCGCGCCCGCCGGGGGGCGCCCGAGAGCGGGCGGGGCCUGACGUCACCGGGCCGCUGGCGGCGCGGCGCGGGGCGGGGCUGCGCACGCGCGGAAGGGCCGGGGGGGGGGCGCGUAGGCAGCGGCGGCGGCGGCGGCGGCGGCGCAGAGCUCCCGCCGCUCUCCCGAGCCCCGCCCCGCCCCCCUUCUCCCGCCCGGGGUCCCGGGUCCGGCACGCGGGACGCCCGCAAUGUGUUCGGGCCGGGUCGACCGCACCUCCCAGGAGUAGGGUUCCGCUUCUCCACCCCCUUCGCGAGCGCUCCGGGGCCCGUGGGUGCUCAGAGUCGGGGGGCGUCCCGGUUACAUCGGCGGGCAGCUGGGGGGCAGCACGGGAAGCUGAGGUCCCUGCGUGCGGGCGGGAGCCAGAGACAGCUCGGUCCCGCGCCCGGACGCCCGCUGCGUGCCCGCGCGUCCUCUGCCCGCGCCACAGAGGCUCCGCGGAACGCGCGCCGAGCGCAUGCGGGUGUUCGCGCGGAGGCGGGAGUGCGUGUGCGGCUGAAGGCGGCGGCCAAGUGCGCACGCAAGUGUGCCCAGAGUGCCCCGGGCCAGGCGCUUCUGGCUGCGGGCGAAGAUUCCCCCCCAUCACCGCCUCUGCCGAUCCAACCAGGCUGGGGUCCUCUGGGGACCAAGGGAGACCCAGAGCAGCAGCCCUGA